AGGAGGAGUAGCAGCGGCGGCGGCAAUGGGGAGGUGUUUGCUGCCAGCCUGAUUCACCCAAUCUCGCUGGGGAGGCAACGAGCGGAGGAGGAGUGGGGCAGAUCCUGCAUCUCCCUCGUACUCUUCGACCACCCCCCAUUCUCCCCGCCUGCUUCCUCGGUUCUCUUACAAGGUCACUAUCACAUGACAAAGGGUUGGAGACAGCUUCAUUUUCCUCUGCCUGUUAAUUUCCAUUUGCCUUCCUAGAUAAAUCUCAGUGUUGGCUCCAAUCCUGACAACUUUGAAAUGCUGUUCCAGUUGUAUAAAUGGACAGAGUCUAUGUAAGCUAUCAAGUUCAAUCCAGAGAAAGGACUUCUUGAUGCCUUAGUAUUUGAAGGAGGACGCUGAUGGACUUUUGAAGAAGCAAAGUAACUUUUGAGGAGGCGGAAUUAAGAAUGGGUAGACAGGCUCUGCGAAUCUGAUGAGGUGAUGGUCACAGUAAUGAAAGGCAGCAAUAGGAAUAAAGAUCAUUCAACAGACGGAGAGGGGACUGCAAAACGACCAAAGAGAAAGUGUCUUCAGUGGCAUCCAUUACUUGCAAAGAAAAUCCUUGACUUUUCUGAAGAGGAGGAGGAAGAAGACGACGAAGAAGAUAUUGAUAAGGUUCACCUUCUUGGUGCUGAUGGCCUAGAGCAUGAUGCUGAUGAAACAGAAGAUGAGGACUCUUCAGAGCAGCGAGCUCGCAGGCCAAUGAAUGCAUUCCUUCUGUUCUGCAAGCGUCACCGCUCCCUUGUACGGCAGAAGCACCCCCGUCUGGACAAUCGUGGUGCUACCAAAAUACUGGCAGAUUGGUGGUCUGUCCUAGACCCUAAAGAAAAGCAGAAAUACACCGAUAUGGCCAAGGAGUACAAGGAUGCAUUUAUGAAAGCAAAUCCUGGCUAUAAGUGGUGUCCACCUACAAGCAAACCUGUGAAAAUUCAGUCAUCCACUGUUACUAACCGGAAAAAGCUGUGGGCUUUCCCCUCAGAACCUACAAAGGAUUUGCCAAGCCCCAAAAAGUUGGUGAAGACUGAAGAAAUGCCUCAACUGAACUUUGCAAUGGCAGAUCCAACACAAAUGGGAGGCCUCAGUAUGCUACUGUUAGCAGGAGAACAUGCCUUGACUGCACAAGAGGUUUCCUCAAAUACAUGCCAUUCCGAUGCACCAAACUCUACAGAAGGAUGUCUGAAGUCACCAUUAUUUCAGUUUGCUGAGAUCUCUUCAAGCCCGUCACAAUCAGAUGCUCCUACAGAUGCAAAAGAAAGUGAGGAUUCGGCACUAUUUCCAUUUUCUGAGUUGAUGAAUCCAGAAGUUGUAAAGCACUGUAGGAAGUCUGCACUCUUCCAGCUAGCAGAGAUUUCAUCAAGUACAUCCCAUUCAGGUCCUUCUGAAUUAACAAAGCAGUGUGGGACAUCAGCAUUGUUUCAGUUGGCAGAGAUGUGCCUUGCAUCAGAGGAAGUAAAAGUACGGGAACCUGGAAAGGCAAAACUAGAAGCUUCCAGGAUUAUCAAACCAUCGGAAGAAACUGAGGAGAAGAGAGUUGAAGAGACAGAUAAGGCAAAAGUAAAAACUGAUAAAUCUCAGAAAGCAAGGGCCCAAGAACUUGAAAAGACAAAGCCUGGAGUGUCACAGAAAGUGGCCAGAUGCAGUCAUGUUGCAGAUGCUACUUCGGACAAUUCAGCACUAAGUGGAUCUAACGACUCAAAGGCAGAGGACCUUGCAUGCCAUUCCCAAGAGCUGACAAUGGCCAACAUCAGCACCUUAGGCUUAAUUAAACCUGAGAAGUUAAAAAAGAAGAAGAAGAAAAAUAAGUUGGACCGUCAAACUCUUGAAAAAUGUACCGCUAAGAAGGCUUCCAAAAAGAGGCAGUCUUCUGAGUCAGACAUAGAGAGUGUCAUUUAUACCAUUGAAGCGGUUGCAAAAGGGGACUGGGGGGCAGAGAGACUUCUGGAAGUGCCCCGCAAGAAAGUUCGCCCUUCUUCCAGUCUGAAGGGGAAUUUCUUCGACAUAAAGUCACCAAAGAAAAAAGUGAAGUCAAAAGAGAAAAGAGCACUAAAGGAAAAAUCCAUAGUGACCACCAAAGAAUCAAAGCCUCCUGAAUGUUUUGAUAUUACAGUUCACAAGGAGCUGCAGUGCGAGGUUCCUGAAAGCAUUAAAUCAGAACCGCUGACCUCAACAGAGGAGGUGAUGUCGCCAAGUUUGCCAGAGCAGAUCAAAAUUGAGGACAGUGACUGCAGCAAAAAAGCAGAGACCUGCGGCUCGAGAAAAUCUGAGAGAGCUUGCAAAGGUGCUCUGUACAAAACUCUGGUGUCAGAGGGCAUGCUUACAUCCUUGCGGGCCAAUGUUGACAGAGGUAAACGAACCUCAGGAAAAGGUGGCAACUCUGAUCACGAAGGAUGCUGGAAUGAAGAAAACUGGACAUUUCCAGCAGGUGGAACAAGUGGAAACAAGAAGCUUAAAAAAACUAAGCCAAAGGAGGAAACAGUUUUGGGCUUAGCAAAGCUGGAAGAGGAAUUUGAGAAAAAAUUCAACAGCCUUCCUCAAUACAGCCCUGUCACGUUUGACCGGAAAAGUGCAUCCAUACCAAGAAAAAAGAAGAAGGUUGGUAGUUCCUCAGCAGAUCAGCCAAAAUCUAGCAAAGAGUUGGCAACUAUGCAAGAACCUUUGGUUGGCAGCCAGAAAAGAAAAGCAAGGAAAACCAAGAUCACGCAUCUAGUCCGGACUGCAGAUGGCAGAGUCUCACCAGCAGAAGGAGUUUUAGAGAAACCAAAGGAACUACUGCAGGAUGGUCUUCAAAAGACAUCAAGUACAGGGACAGACUGCAACAAAGAAUCUUUGCAAAACAGUCGAUCAGAAGAAGGUCAUAGUAUUACACCCGACAUGCCAUCGGUAUCUGCAUUCUUUAGCCUCGCUGCUCUUGCAGAGGUAGCAGCAAUGGAAAAUGCACACAGAACUCCAAGGACAGCACCUCUCCCACAUGAUGGACAGCCAAAAGAAAUGUCUCAGGCUCAAGUGCUUAUUUCCUGUGCUGACCAGUGAAGCUCUACUCUAUUGUAAAAGUUGUGCUUUACCUAAUAUCCUAGCCUUGUCUUUACCAAUGGAUGCUAUUCAAUCCAUGUGAUGGAGGAACCAUAGACUGAAAAUGAGUGGUUUGUGUUCAGUAUGGCACAGAUUUGUGUUCAGUAUGGCACAGAUUUCACUUACAGCCUGGGCCAGUGCUCCCUGGGUUUGGGGCCCCAAAUCUACUAUGGUUGUUUCCCUGUUAAGGAACAGAAAUGAAAAGAUCCUGGAGCUUUGCUUUCUACUGAAGGUUUUUAAAAGGGUAUAUGCAUAGUUACAUGGAGGUGGCAAACUUGCCUGUUGCUCACACGGCAUCUGUUCUGCCAACCAGAGUAUGGAAAAUAGUUUCAAAUAAUAACUAGCUACUCUAAACAAACAACAAACGAGGCGAGAAAACUGACGCACUGCACUAGUUAGUAGAUAUUCUUAGUCCUUUUUGUACAUGAAGAUUUAAGUUCUGAAGAUGGUUUAUAUUAUAGGUUAUGCGCUUCUUCUAACUGCUAUAUUCUCUCUUCUUUCUCUUAGGGAGUGAAUUCUAAGAACCCGUUUGGGAGUAAUCCUGCCAAGAAAGCUCCGCGCGAGGUGUAAAUUCAUUGUUAUGGAGUAUGCGCGUAAUAUAGUAGUCCAGACAUUCUGCACUUUUGUAACUGCCACCAGGGUGAUAGAGUUUAUUGGCAAAAAAAAAAAUGUUGACAGGCUGUAUUUUGCUUGACUUCUUUUAAUUAAGUGUAGAAUAAUGAGGAUGACUAGCAUUUGGAGCAAAGGUUUGGCAUAUUGAUAAGAACAGUACUGCAGAUUAUAGAUUUGUCUUUCAUGCCUUGGAUGGUUCAUUUAUUUUUGAAUAGCGGUCUAAAAUGACCGUGUGGAAACUAAAGCAAUGAAACAGGAAGAAAAUACUAUAAAUACAUAGUUCAGAAGUGACCUUAGUAUUACUUCACUCUUUCGAAAAUCUUUUCAAAUGACAUGCAUACUGAUGUACAUAUUUUACAGACACUGGAAUUGUCAUAAUUACUAUGCACAGUCUAAAUUGGCUUCAUAAGUUUAUGAAGUGCCAAUGCGCACUUGGAAUAGUAAAGUGCUGAGUGUUGUGUAAGUAAGCAACGGCUGAGGAAAUAAUGUUACUGAAUUUAGACUGUCAAACUGCUCACUUUCCAGUUCAUCUUCUCUCUCUUUAUUAUAUAUAUUGUGUCUUAUUCCUGUGCAUACAUCUCAUGCCAAGUUACAGUCUUUUUUUGGUCUUUUUUUCUUGUUCUUUCUAUUUCUUAACCACUUUGCUUGUAUCAGUUGCCUGUGAUUUCGCACAGACACACAGGCUGCAAGUGGAAGUUGUGCUUGUGAGCUGUUUUGUGGGAAAGGGUGUGGGACAGUGAAUCUAUCCCACUUGACCCCUCAAACAGCUAACUGGCAACAACGGGGAAUUGUCUGCCUCUGCAGUCCCAAAAGUUGGACCAGGGAGGAGAACUGUGUAUGGCAGCACCAUCUGCAUACAGAGUUGCCUAUCCUUCUAGGGAUGCUCAAAUGGAUCUGGGCAAUUAUGUUUCCCAGCAGUAAAAGUUAAUUCUUAUUAGAAUUUGGCAUAAAGCUACAUGCAACACAGGGUACUUCUUCCACAGCACAAGAUGUUUCCCUUCUAUGUUUUGCAGCCUAGCACAAAGACUUAACCAAAUGCUAUUGACCAGACCCCAGCAAUAAUUUUCUAUGAGUCAUCUUCUUCUCUGGUGGAAUUUUGUGAUAGUGUUAAGUUCAGCAAGACCCGCUUUUUUAGGUCUCUAAAUGAUGAGCGUUUACACAAUUUUAUCAGGCUUGCUUAAUUUAUACUUGACAGAAUUAAUAAAGGAUGCAUUUUGGGGGGGUUUUGUAAUUGGAUUUAAUAGCCAUAUGAAAAUGCGCUUGGCUUAGCCUUUAUUUGUAAUUAGUGCAUGUCUUUCAUUAUCAGAAACAACCUCAGACAGAUCACACAAAUUCAGUGUGAUGACUGAAAGAAAAAUGUCAAUACAAUCCCAUGAAAAAAAUCAGACAUUCCCUCAAAGAUGCAAAUGUUAAGGGUAGAAGAAGGAAAUGUUUAACUUCAACAGGAAAUAAGAAAGUUAAAUGCUUUUUGAAAAAUCCAGAUAGAAGAAUCUUCCUUGUGCCAUUGGAGCACAUGGCAUUGUUUUCUAACAGAUCAAUUUUGUUAACGUUCUCUACAUUAUUUUACCAAAACCGAAUGCUGCCAUCAUGCCAAAUUAUUGGGCAUAUGUUGAGGUAGCUUUGAAAAGUGUAAGGCCAUGAUGUCCUAAUUGUAGUUCAAAAACUACAAGUAGCUGAAAUCCAAAUAUCUUAUGGUGCAGCCUCUUCAUCUUGGCCAGGGUACUAACGUAUAGGCCCUUUUCGCAUGGGCGACCAAGCGGGGGGGGGUGUGUGUGUCAGCAUCAACAAUGCCGAUGCACCCCCCCGGGACCGUUCGCACGGACGGUCCCAGCAGGCGGCGGCGCAGCCUUCGCACAGGCUGCACUGU